AUGGGCAAGAGAGUUAUGCAGGUGAAGGAAGAAGAUAACACAACAGAUUUAUGCCCACCUGUGUUUGAUGAAGAUGGCCUCAAUGAGGAGAAGGUUGAAGGAGAAGGAAUACAAGUAGAGGAAGCGAAGAUCAAGGUGGUGAAACAGUGGCUGACUUCCACAAACAUCACCAAGGUGAGGAGUUUCCACAGCCUCGCUUCCUUUUAUAGGCGGCUUAUCUCGUAUUUCAGUAGUAUUAUGGCACUAUUCACUAAGUACAUGAAGGGCAACAAGUUUGCAUGGACAGACGAAGUUGAUGACACAUUCCAUCUGAUGAAGGAGCGCUUGGCUACCGCCCCUAUCUUAGCACUACUUGACUUCACCCACAUGUUUGAGUUGUAUAUAGAUGCAUCCAAGGUGGAAAUUGGGGCUGUGUUAAGCCAGCAAGUGGGUCCCAUUGCAUUUCAUAUCACUGUGCUCUACGGCAUAUACAUCAACAAGACAAGGUAUCUUCUCACACAACUGGUGGGUAAACUUUCUGGGUAA